ACCACCACAAACUCCUCAGACCUUGCACGACCCCAGAAGUGAAAAUGAGGCUGAAAAAAACCCGUCGCUUCCUUUAGAACAGCGCUAACUUUCGAUUAACUAAAUUUCUUGAAUGUUCCGCGGAUUUCUAACGAACUUCACAACAACAACAACCAGCAGCAAGUCGCGUGGAGGGUCCAUCAAAUGCUUUUCUCCACGGAGAUGUUCGUGCUGUGUCUAGAAUGAUCCACGAUCUGACCUGUAACUUGUAACUAUACGUUCUGUUUAAUCCUCCUGGUUUAGUCCUGAUCUACUUCGUAUCCAGAGUUGAGAGGAGAGGUGGGACCAAGUCGUCGUUUUGCAAGUCCCAAGCAUCCGGAAACUCACCCACCCGUCUGUAAAUCGGGAUGAGGGGGCCUACCACGUCUCACACCUGGGAUACAGUUCUGAAGAAGUCUGACUGCAGAUGGUGCUGUUGUCCUGCUGCUCCAAGAAGGAAGACGGUGCCAAAAUCUGUUUAAAUCAGCUGAGCAGACAGCAGCACGUGGCCACUCUGAAGAAGGAGCAGAGUGCAGCCUAAACUGUCAAGGAAAAUUGACAAGUCCGGACAAGGACCAGCUAAACCAGAACUAAACCAGGACUGUGUCAUGUCUAAACCAGGUCCUGCCCACAAAGUCUCUGCGAGAAGUGACUUCUCCAAAGGUUUUCAAAUUGAUUUUAAAAAAGGACAAACUGGAUCCUCUUCACAGCUCGGAUCAGUCUCACAGUUUAAGGAGGACUCGCAUAUGGGAGAGGAGGAUCCGAGUGUUCCCAUUGGUCAGGAGUCUCAGGCGGAGGUGGAUGCCAUCUUCCAGGAUGUGAAGAAGCGGGUCCUGAGUUUUGUCGAACAACAGCUGGAAAGGCUCCACAUGCUCCUGGCCCCAGAUCAUCCAAAACACUCUGAGAGUGAGGAAGAGGCGAGCAAAGAGGUUCUGACCAUCACCAUGGACAUCCUGAAGGAGAUGGAUCAGGAGCUUCUGGCCCAACGCCUUUCUAGCAGGACUACAGUUGGAUUCAGAGAUAAACUGAAGUCUGAUCUGCAGCAGAGGUUCAAUCAGAGGUUCAGUCAUGUGUUUGAGGGCGUAGCUAAAGCUGCAGACUCUGUCCCCCUGAACCAGAUCUACACAGAGCUUUACAUCACAGAGGGCGGAACCUCAGAGAUCAACCAGGAACAUGAGGUCAGACACAUGGAGACCGUGUCCAGGAGACCUGCUACUCCAGAGACCAUCACAUGUGAAGUCAUGUUUAAAACCAUGCCACAUUCAUCAGGGCCAAACAGAGUGGUGCUGACGAAGGGCGUGGCCGGUGUGGGGAAGACAGUGCUGACUCAGAAGUUCAGUCUGGAUUGGGCUGAAGGCCGGGCCCACCAGGACCUCAAGCUGCUGUUCCCGUUCACUUUCAGAGAGCUCAAUGUGCUCAGAGACACACAGUUCAGCCUGGUGGGACUGCUGCAUCACUUCUUCGGUCCAUCCAAAGAUCUCUGCAGCUUCCAACAUCAGAUGCUCUUCAUCUUUGAUGGACUGGACGAGUGCAGACCUUCUCUGGACUUCACCCAAGCACAGCACCUGACCGACCCCACAGAGAUCACCUCAGUGCAUGUGCUGCUGGUAAACCUCAUCAGAGGAAGCCUGCUUCCCUACGCUCGCCUCUGGAUAACCACGCGACCCGCAGCAGCCAAUCAGAUCCCUGCUGAGUAUAUCUUCAUGGUGACAGAGGUACAAGGGUUCACCGACACACAGAAGGAGCAGUACUUCAGGAAGAUGUUCAGAGAUGAGGCCAACAAAAUCAUCUCCCACAUCAAAAUGUCCAGAACUCUCCACAUCAUGUGCUACAUCCCAGUCUUCUGCUGGAUCCUCUCCACUGUUCUAAAGAAGCUUCUGGAACAAACAGAGAGACCAGAGCUGCCCCAGACUCUCACACAGAUGUACGCCCACCUUCUUACAGUGCAGGCCAAAGUCCAGAACAUCAAGUAUCACCAGGGAUCAGGGACAGAUAUUCACUGGACUCCAGAGAUCAGGGAGAUGGUGUGGUCUCUGGGAAAAGUAGCUUUUGAGCAGCUGCAGAAAGGAAACCUGAUCUUCUACGAGUGUGACUUGGAAGACAGCGACAUUGACCUCACUGCCGCCUCAGUGUACUCCGGAGUGUUCACACAGGUUUUUAAAGAGGAGAAAGGCCUGUACCAGGAGAAGGUGUACUGCUUCAUCCAUCUGAGUGUGCAGGAGUUUCUAGCUGCUCUUCACGUCCAUCACACCUUCUUCAGCUCUGGAGAGAACCUACUGAAGCCACCACAGUCUGGAUUAAAACGUAAAAGAAAAAGAAAAAACACUUUGACACAAGAAACCACCAAGGCACUAGACCUUGAGGCAGCCUUUUACUGCUCUGCUGUGGACCAGGCCUUACAGAGUCAAAACGGACACUUGGACCUGUUCCUGCGCUUCCUCCUGGGACUGUCUCUGUCUACCAAUCAGAAGCUGCUGCAGGGUCUGCUGACUCCCUCAGGAAGUGACCAGGCCAAUGAAGAGACAGUCAAGUACAUCAAACAGAAGCUGAAUGAAAAGGGUCUGUCUACAGAGAGAGGCCUGAACCUGUUCCACUGUCUGAAUGAAAUGAAUGACCGCAGUCUGGAGGAGAUUCAGAAGAACAUGAGAAAAUACCUCUCUGAUAGAAAGAUGUCUCCUGCUCAGUGGUCUGCUCUAUCCUUUCUCUUACUGUCCUCAGACUCAGACCUGGAGGAGUUUGACCUGAGGAAAUACCAGGCCUCAGAGAAAGCUCUCCUGGGUCUGCUGCCGGUGGUCAGAGCCUCCACCAAAGCCCUUCUGUGUGGCUGUGGCCUGUCCCCGUACAGCUGUGGUCCUCUGGUCUCAGUCCUCAGCUCCUCCAGCCUUACACAUCUAGAUCUCAGUCAUAACGACCUCCAGGACUUAGGAGUGGAGGAACUGUCGUCUGGACUAAAGAGCGCCCCCUGCAGACUGGAGACACUCAGGCUGUCUGGAUGUCUGCUCUCAGAGAGGGGUGGGGCUGCUCUGGCCUCAGCUCUGGGCUCCACCCCUCCCUCUCACUUGAGAGUGUUAGACCUGAGCUACAACCAUCUAGGACCCUCAGCAAAGCUCCUGACUGCUCUACAGGACCACAGACCCCGGCUGUGUGUCAGGACGGAGCCUUCUGGAGAGCGCUGGAUGGUCCCAGGUCUGAGGAAAUACUCACAGGAGUUCUCCCUGGACCCAGACACAGCUCACAGACACGUACUUUUGUGUGAGAACAAUCGAACUGCGAUACAUGUGAAGGAGGAGCAGCAGUAUCCAGAUCAUAAGGACAGGUUCACAGACUACUAUCAGGUCCUGAGCUGCACAGGCCUGAAGGAGCGUUGGUACUGGGAGGUGCACUGGAGAGGGCAGGAUGUUGAAAUAGCCAUGAGUUACAGUGGGAUCAAACGAAGCGGACGGGGACUGGAGUGUGGGUUUGGAAACAAUGAUCAGUCCUGGAGCCUGGAGAUCUAUGAUGAAGAGUACUAUGUCUGUCACAACAACAACGCAACACGACUCCACCGCUCCCAUAGCUCAGAGAGAGUGGGCGUGUCAUCUGGUAAAGGAGAUGUGUCCUCUGGCAGAGUGGGCGUGUUCCUGGACUAUGAGGCCAAAGCUCUGUCCUUCUAUGAGGUCUCCUCUGAUGGAGAACUGUUCCACCUCUGGACCUUCUCCUCGUCCUUCUCUGAGCCUCUGUUCCCUGGGUUUGAACUGGGGAGAGAAGGCUCCUCUGUGACUCUGGUGAAAGAGAUGAGACAAUGAACUCUUCUGACCAAACAGAACCACAAUGAGGACAAAGCGAUGAGAAAAGGAGGGAGUAUUUUAUAUCUAUGGGGUAUUAAAGAAGAAAUACUUUAUUUCUAUCAGGAAUUAACUGCUAACACAUAACAUAUUUAGCUCACCGUGUUACCUUUUAUUGUUUUGAAAUGGUGUAUUUGUCCAAAACAAUGUAUUACCAUGUUCUAAAAGUUUCACUUUCAUUUUUACUGCUCUGAGCCCCCCUCCCUUUGCUCCCUGCGCUAAGUAACUCCCUCUUGAGAGUGCUAUCACAACACAAUGGUGGCGAGGGUAGAUGCAGCAACCUCUUGCUCUGAAAUAGUGCUGUGUUUUUAUUGGUCAAAAUGAGUUUGUCUGAAUGUUUUUCUCGUCAGUCUACACUGGAAUAUAAGUACAGUCGACAGGCAGUGUUAGAGAUUCAUAAAACCAAAAGCGAGAGCCAAAUUGUCCCGGGGAAUCAGAAAAGCAAGAAAGGAGUAAAAACAUAACUUCCCUGUUCAAGGACAGCAGAGAUGCAAAGAGCUUAUGGCCGACCAUCGCCAUCAUCGACUACAAGCCUGUGCCACAGAGCUGCGAGAGCAACACCUCUCUGGUCAAUGAUCUGAACAGCUUCUUUGCAAACUUUGAAACACAAAACUUCAAAGCCACCAUCAUCAUACCUGUGCCAAAGAAACCAUCCCCAUCCUGACGCCCAUCAUUAUGAAGUGCCCCACCCUGGACCCCUUCCAGUUCACAUACUGUGUGACUGAGCUCCUCACCUGAUCUCUAAGGGAGCCCCCAGCCAACUCAUUUCAACUGCUUGUAUCCGCAAUCUUGUCCUUCUGGUCAUUACCCAAAGCUCAUGAUCACAGGUCAGAGGGUAGGAAUGUAGAUUGACCGAUAAAUUAAGAGCUUUGCCUUUCAAAUCUUUCAAAUCAGUUGGAUUUAAGUUUGCUUUUGUUGAAUGUAAGUUUUGUGUAAGUUUUUGCUGCUUUUUCUACAGGAAUUGUACAAAAAUGCAUAGAAAAUAAAUAUCUUGAAGUUGGUACUCUGAAA